UUUGACAUCAAAAUCGAACAGGCCGCUUUAUCCACUUUCUGACAACCAAACCUAUAACAAACGCUCUCUGCUCUUUUUUCAAGCUUCCUCAAAAUUUCUUUCUCUCUAGGGUUUCAUUUUUCUAGGGCAAAAUUCACAGAGAAUUUGCCUCCAUUUCCGCCAUUAAUCAGGAUUUCAAUCUUAGGUGGGGAUUAAGGUUUGGGGAGCUGGAAAAGUUUUGAGAAAUGUAGGCAUGAGAUAUAUUUUUCAAAGAUAUGGAAGUUAAUGGGACCUUGGUCCCUCGCCCUAGUGUUUUUCCUUCUCGAUUGGGUCACCAAGUCUCUGUGAAAAGGGAACGGUGCUUCUGCUUCUGUGUGUUGCGUGUUCUGCCAGUUGGGGAUACUCUUUCAACCUCUUCCCACCAUAGAUGGAGAAAGGUAGAAGUUCAGUGCCAGGAUAGUUCUCAAAGUGUUCAACAGUCAUUGAUUCCUCAGAGAGAUGAUGUGGGGUCGUCUCAGCUCUCUUUUGACAGGCUACAGCCCAGGGAAGAGGAUUUUACAAGUGAGCAAAAGAGGGGCUUUGGCAGGUUUGUUGUUCGAGAAGCUGUCUUGGAUGAAGAAUAUUGGACAGCAGCAUGGCUUCGGGCAGAGAGCUGUUGGGAGAACCACUCAUACAUGCGACAUGUUGAGAGUUACAAGAGGAAAUUUGCUGAGCAGGAAUUCAAUGCUUUGAAGCAGCGGUGUGCUGGGCAAUUCAAAAACUCUUUGAAGUGUUUCUGCAUUGUUGCUGUUAAAAAAGAAGAAGAGAAUGUGAGGCGUACUGUCUUGAAUAGCAUUGUUGGAACGCUUGACGUAAGCAUUAGGCAGUUCUUGCAAGGCGAGGCCUUUCCAGGGAUCAGGGAAAAGGGAUAUGGGAAAUCCUCAGCAUUAAUGGCCAGUAAUGGUUCUGACCAUCCACAUAGGUAUGCUUAUGUUUCAAAUGUUUGUGUGGCAAAGUAUGCACGCCGCCAAGGUAUUGCGACCAAUAUGCUGUAUUUGGCUAUGGAUGUUGCUCUCUCUGCAGGCAUGACGCAGAUCUUUGUUCACGUGAAUGCAGAUAACACACCAGCGAAAUAUUUGUACGAAAAAGUGGGCUUUGAGAUGGUUGAGGAAGCAGUUGACAAUUCAUCGAAAGAACCAGACCUUAUGUGUUUGAAGCUGUAGCCUAUGUUAAUCGAGUAUAAAAAUCAUGUAUAGGUAUAAAAUAACCAAGAAAAUUUUCUGGUUUAUUGGUAUAGUUUGUCAUUGAAACCCCAUAUGCAAUGUUUUUGGUUAGCACUGGGGCACUGCAGUCUGUUUUUCUCUGAGGAACAGAUUAGAUAAUAUUCAAUAUUUGAUUUUGGGAGUUGUGUGCUCUUGAAGAGUCACGACCUCAUGAAGUUUGCCGGCAAAGGGUUAUCUUUUAUUCUGUAACCUUUUGCUCGAGCCAUGUGGUACUAUGAAUGAUGUGAUUUUUUUGAACAAAUUAUGAAUGAUGUAAUCGUAAGUGUUUGACUUGCCAUUUUCGGUACA